AUGAGCAACCAAACCUUCCUGACAGAGUUCAUUCUGCUGGGACUAACAAACAUCCCAGAGAUUCAAGUUGUAAUUUUUAUACUUCUCUUCCUCACCUACAUAUUCAGUAUCAUUGGUAAUCUGACGAUCAUCACCCUCACACUACUGGACUCUCACCUCCACACCCCCAUGUACUUCUUCCUCCGGAACUUCUCCUUCUUAGAAAUUUCCUUUACCACCACUUUCACUCCGAGGCUGCUGCUCAGCAUCUCUACCGGGAAUAAAACUAUCACCUUUGCUGGAUGCUUCACUCAGUAUUUCUUUGCCAUAUUUUUCGGGGCCACAGAGUUUUAUCUCCUGGCUGCCAUGUCCUACGACCGCUAUGUGGCCAUCUGCAAACCCCUGCAUUACACCACUAUCAUGAGCAACAGGGUCUGUGUCCAGCUGGUUCUCUGCUCCUGGCUGGGUGGAUUCCUAAUUAUCUUACCCCCUAUCAUCCUGACCAGUCAGCUGGAUUUCUGUGCCUCCAAUGUCCUGAAUCAUUAUUAUUGUGACUAUGGACCCCUUAUAGAAAUAUCCUGCUCUGACACAAGUGUGCUGGAACUGGUUGACUUCAUCUUAGCAGUUGUGACCUUGGUGGUCACGCUGGUGCUGGUGAUUCUCUCCUACACAAACAUCAUCAGGACCAUUCUGAACAUCCCUUCUGCUCAGCAGAGGAACAAGGCCUUUUCCACCUGUUCUUCUCACAUGAUUGUCAUCUCUCUCUCUUAUGGAAGCUGCAUCUUCAUGUACAUAAAACCUUCAGCCAAAGAAGGAGUUGCCUUCAACAAGGGAGUCGCUGUGCUCAAUACCUCAGUUGCCCCUUUACUGAACCCGUUCAUUUACACUCUAAGGAAUAAACAAGUAAAACAAGCCUUCAAGGAUGUGGCCAGGAAGAUUUUAAGUCUUUAG